CAGAGUAAAGUUUAGCAAAUAAAAAUCGUUUGAAAAGCGGUAUACAUCAGCAUUGAACGAACAACAAAAAUUUAACUCUACGAAAAACCAUAUGGUUUUGUCGACUUUGUAUUUUGACAGCACCGAUAGUACCACUAUACUCAUACAAAACGCGAGACGAAACAAAUUCUCAGUAUGUGAUUUGUGUUCGCGUAGCGCGUAUUUAAUGUGAGAAUUCGACUUUAUUUUUCCUGAACCGUAUGUGUGUUUAUAGCUCUAUUUUUAUCAUUUAUUUCCUAUAAAUAAAAAUUGUGACUUGAUCUACGGUGAAUCUGGUGUGUGAAAAGUGAGUUAAAAAUAAAUAAAAAAUAUUACAGUGACCGAUACGGCUGGUAUUUCGGUUUAAAAAAAAACACUUGUCCUCCUGUGUUUUCCUACAUUGAAAUAAAAUCCGAAACCGAAAUGGAUCCGUCUGGAGGGCGCGACUCACGCUAUAAUCUAAAUUAUAGCAUGAGUAUUGGUUUGUCGAUGAGUGAAAAUCCGGAUAUGUAUGGUAAUCAAAAUGCCACACUAGUACGACCUCCCAGCGGUCUAGGCCAGUCAAUGAAUCGCAGUGGUGGUCUGAUGGGACCGAAUACACAAUGUAAUAAUAUGUCAAAUAGUCGUGGUAUUAAAAGGACUAGUUCGGAUUGUUUUGAUGAUCGGGCAAUGGGUUCACAAAGUUUAACGUUAGACGGUUGUACGGGCAAUGUUAACGAUGUCGUCGAUGACGGAUUCACAUCGCUGCAGAAGAAAUCACCGCCAGCAAAUGGAAAGAAAACAAAGGGCCGUGUUAAAAUCAAAAUGGAAUACAUCGACAAUAAGCUGCGCCGAUAUACAACAUUUUCCAAACGGAAGACUGGAAUUAUGAAGAAGGCAUACGAACUAUCAACAUUGACUGGUACACAAGUGAUGUUACUAGUAGCAUCCGAAACCGGUCACGUGUACACAUUCGCAACGCGAAAACUGCAGCCAAUGAUCACAUCAGAGGCCGGCAAGCAACUAAUUCAAACCUGCCUAAAUUCACCCGAUCCACCGAGUGGUGCAACAACGGGCGAUCAACGUAUGUCUGCCACCGGCUUCGAAGAGACCGAACUCAGCUACAACAUCGGCGACGAGGAUUCAAAAGAUGAUCGUUCUCCAAUGUCUUCCGGAGAAUCUGGCGACGAAUCGUCUGGCAUCGAAUCACCGGGACCAAUUGGCACUAUUCCCAGUGCAGGCGGUGGAAGUAGUAGUAUUCAAGUAGCGAAUUCAAUCGACAUGGUACGACAUCAACAACAACAGGAUCAGCAUCUUCAACAACAAAUUCAUACACCAAAUUCAACACAACAUAACGAAGACUCGUCAGCCAAAGCAAUCAAUUCAAAUAAUAUGGGAAGCUUACUGUAUCCAGCCGCUGCUCUAGCUAAUUUACCGCAAGAAGUGCUACUGAGCUUGGUCCAAGGCGGCCAUUUACAGAUUCAUCAAGAAGACGAUGGCGCACACCAGUACAUAACAAUACCACUUUCGAUGAUGCCAGGUGGAUUGAGUAAGGUAACAGCCAUAAAAGAAUCGGCUGUCACAAAUGGUCGGGAAUCGCCAAAUGAAGUAAUCAUCAAAAAGGAAAACAUUGAAUAGCUUCUGUGUAUAGACCGCGAUUAAUCGAUUUAAAAAUGAAAUUGUUUUUUACUUAUAUGUAAGUAAGAUGACUUAAAGUGUAAAAAAUAAGGUAGUGGCGAGUCUAUUUACACGAAACAAAAAAAACGAAUCAAAAUAAAAAUAAACUUUUUUUUUGCUACAUAUUUGUAUACGGCACGCGCGGUAUAUGACCAAUCUUUUUUCGGUUUGGAUACAAUUACAUUGUAUAUGUCCAUAACCGUGCGAAGUAUGAUUUGUAUGGUAAUAGCCAAAUACGUUCGGAUGAAAGAAUGAAAAAAAUAAAAUUGUUUGUACAAUAAAACAGGCGACAUAUAAAUAUUGUAAACACACACACAUACACAUUACACAGUUAUUGUUUUCGAUUUAUAAAUAAAAAACAAAACAAAUUUUCCUUUCAUAAUGGACAUCGACCUCUUCGAUUGAAAGAUAAAAGAAAACAGAAAUGAACACUAAUAAAACAAACAAAUUAUGAAUUAUGAAUUAUUAGGAAAAUAUACAAAAUAUUUUUGAUAAAUUUAUAAAAACAAAAACAAAUUAUUGAAAUACUGCGAUUUGUAGAAACAACAAACUGUAAAUAGUUUAUUUUUUAUUAACAAAAAUAAUAAUAAAAACAAAAAUACCAAUUGUUGUAACGGUGUUAAAACCUGCCUACCUAUUCUUCUGUACUCAAUUAUUGUUUUCUUUUAAUUUUUUAUUUUUGUGGAAUAUUCAAAAAACAAAAAGACUUUAAAAGGCUUUUUUUUAUAAAGAUUAAAAUUAACCUUCACCAUACUGAGUAAAUAUUUGGACUAGAUAAUGCAAUAGAAGUAGGUGACGCGAUAUAGUUAAAAAAUCUGCCCUUGUUCACCUUGCAACCACGUCUGCGCAGAUAGAAAUAUGGAUCUGGAUUUAAAUCUUUUUUGUAAUUAGAAUUUAAUCCCUAAGGAAUUACUUUCAUUGCAUUUGUAAAAAGACAUUUUUUAUUUAUAUGAAAUGAGAAAUGUUUGAAUGUUAUGUGUGGAAAAUGUUUCGUGUACUUGACGAGAUUUGAGGGAUUGUGGUUUUGAUCCCGUCAGAGUUUAAUUUCGAACCGUUGUUAAAGAGAAAACAAAUUCCGGUUGGAUUAAAAUACCUUCUUCAUUUCCUAAUCGUAAGUAAUCCCAAACGUAAAUUCCAAAUUUUCAUACCGUGUGAGGAUAUUAGAGCCUAAUAUCUCCAAAUAAUCUUAGGCUUGAAAAAAUAUCUUUUUUGAAACGGAUAAAUAAUCUCAGACGGAAUAACCCCUGAGAGAAUACUGAUAAUAGAAAUGGAAACUUAGGAAAAGAGAAAUAUCAAUCUGAGUACUAUUAAAGUUCCAAUUCCACUCAACAAAAUGUACUCCGUGAGAGAGCCGUGAGAGAGCGAGCUGUCAAAUAAACAAAGAAAAAAUUGAAAAAAUUCAAUGUUGCCCUUCACAUGGAGUACCUUUUUGGUAGGAGGAAACUAAGCAUUAAGGUG